AUGGAUUACGGCAACAUAUUCCAGAUAUCAGCACAAUCAAACGCACAAAUCAUUUUGAGCUGUUUAACUGGAUAUGUAGCCGCCAGACGCGGAAUUAUAACCACCGAAGCGCACAAGGGAUUCUCAAGGGUAAUACUGAAUUUGCUAUUACCUUUUUUCCUCUUUGCCGAGAUUGGGAAAAGUAUGGAUUUGGAGACGUUGUUGAAAUUAUGGCCUAUAACAACGUUCUACUUUAUCUUUGCAAUAAUUGCGAGCAUACUUGCCAUCAUUGGAGGAUACGUUUUCCGAUGGUCCAUACCAAAAACCAAAUUCGCAAUGACCGGCAUAAUAUUUAACAAUGUCACCAGUAUGUCUAUAGCUCUUUUAGUGAGCAUUGGCAAGACCGAUGCGAUCAUGCUCUUGACACACGAUAAGACCGAACCACCAGCAGAAAUAGUCUCGCGCGGUAUAUCGUAUUUAUUAAUAGCCAAUCUCAUGGGUAAUUUAGGAAGAUGGAGUUUGGGCACUUGGCUUUUAAGGAAACCCGACAACAGCGAUGACGAAGAAAUCAUCAUCAUUGAGCACACUCCUCACGACACUCCACCAGACUCGAGCUGUGGCAUAUCGAUCGUUUCCGCAUACGACAGCAACUCGCACAAACCCGCCCGACGAGAAACGACUGAAUCGACUUCUCUCUUAGAUCAUCAACACAACCCCGCAAGACGUAAUCGAUCCCCGGGCCUGCUGUCAAAAGUUUGGAAGUUGAUCAGUGAUAUUUCUAAUCCGCCUCUUCUCGCAGCAUUACUUGCGCUCAUAGUCUGCGUCAAUCCAACAUUGAAAUAUCUCAUCUUCAGCAAACAUUCCUUUAUAUACAACAGUAUCACCACGACGGUAUCUACUCUAGGGCAUAUGACCAUUCCCCUAACACUUCUCACUCUCGGAGCUCAACUUUACAAUCUGUCGGGCGGCAAAAAUGGUGGGAUGUUGUCAGUAUACGCAUAUAUUAUGUCCAGCAGGUUUUUGGUCAUGCCUGUGCUUGGUAUCUCGUUGGUAUUACUCACCCGCGGACUUUACUUUGAUGAUCCGAUGCUGUUGUUUGUAUUGAUGCUGAUGGCGAGUGGGCCAAGUGCGGUCAAUUGUAUCAACAUCUGUCAGUUGACAAACACGUUUGAGGAGGAGAUGGCAGAAUUGUUGAUGUAUUCGUACGGCGCUGUUGCUCCCAUCAUGACCAUGACGGUCAUGGGACUUUUGUUGAUUAUAAUCAACAUAUAUAGCGAAACAGGUUUAUGA